AUUAUAUAAACCUGACCACACAAAUUAUUUAAAUUCGUCUUCUUGUUCUCCCCCCACUCAGCUGACUCGCUAAAUCGUCACCGACGCGGAGCUCAACUCACACUAGGGUUUCAAAUCCUCCCAUGGCUUCUCUCCCCAACCUCGACGACGACGAUGAUUUCGGCGGUGAUUUAACCGGCACUAAUUCUACAAGGCGCUCAGGGAAUAAGAGGCGGUUCGGAGACCUGGAGGAUGACGAUGAUGACAUUUUUGGGCAGAGCAAGUCAAAAGUAGAAGAAACUGCACCAGGCGUUGCAACAGGGAUGAUAUUAUCUCUUCGGGAGAGUCUUCAGGAGUGCAAGGAUACUCUUGCAACUUGCCAAACUGAGCUUGAACGCGCGAAAUCUGAGAUUCAGGAGUGGCAUGCUGCAUUUCAGAAUGGGUCUUUUGUACCUGCAGGCACUUCUCUUGAACCUAGGAUAGUGGUAAACCAUCUCAAAGAAUUGAAAUCCUCUGAGGAAUCUGUUAAAGAACAGCUAGAGAAAGCCAAGAAAAAGGAAGCUGCAUUUAUCGUAACUGUUGCAAAACGCGAGCAGGAGAUAUCAGAACUGAAGUCUGCAGUUCGAGACCUACGAGCACAACUUAAGCCGCCGUCAAUGCAGGCCAGGAGGCUCUUACUUGAUCCUGCGAUUCAUGAAGAGUUUACCCGCUUGAAGAAUCUGGUAGAGGAGAAAGAGAAAAAGGUGAAGGAGUUGCAAGACAAUAUUGCCGCAGUCAAUUUCACCCCACAUAGUAAGAUGGGAAAACUUUUGAUGGCAAAAUGCAGGACACUACAGGAAGAAAAUGAGGAAAUUGGGACUCAAGCUAAAGAAGGGAAGAUACACGAGUUAUCAAUGAAACUAGCUUUGCAGAAAUCUCAAUUCACAAAUCUCAGAAGUCAAUUUGAAGGAUUGUGUAAGCAUAUGGAGGGACUAACAGACGAUGUGGAGAAAUCAAAUGAAACGGUGCUUAACUUGCAAGAGAAACUUGAAGAGAAGGAUGCUGAAAUUACAAGGUUAAAGCAGGAGCUGCAGCAGAAGAAUGAAAUGGAGGAGAAGACAGACUUAGGUUCUGAUAACAUUAUAGCUGACGGCGAUGGAGUUGUGAAGGAGGAGGUAGAGAAUGGUAGUACUUAGACCAGGCUAUUCAGAUAAAGAACUUGUUUGUUUAUUAUUUGUUAUGCUGUACAAUAAAUUUUUGUAAUUUUUCAUUGUGUUUGGUCAAUGAACCAAUUAGAAACUAGUAACUUUUGUCGCAUUCUCCGAGGACCAUGCACAAAGGUUUCUAUUUAGCAUCACUAAUAUCCAGAUGUUUAUAUCAUAGUGUUGAAUUAGAUGCACUGUGAAGUUAAGGUUAAUGUUGAUGGCAACAAUCGCUACAAUAAUGACAGGAUUUUCUUCACAUUA